AUGACGAAAUCCUCCCGCCGCUCCACGCGCGACAGGACGCCGGCCUCAACGCCAGGCACAUCCGGCACCUCUACCCCCAGCUCAACCUCAUCCGGCCCAAUCCCGCCCUUCACUAAAGUCCCCGCGAUCCUCAAACCCUUCGUUGAGCCCCUCUCCCCCGAAGAAGUUUACCUCGUGCACAUCGACACAACAGCCACAGACCUCAAGCGACAGACCUUCAUCGUACCAUGGGCGAUCAACACCCUCAUCAGCGCCGUGAUCGCCUACCGCGUCUAUGUCGGAAUCAGCGUAUACCCAGCCCUCCUCGCCUCACUGAUCGGCCUCCAAAGCUCCAUGAGCGUCGACACGGCCACCAUCUCGUGGAUGCAGAUGGCGGCGAUUGUCCUCAAGCGCACAGGCGUAGUGCUCAUCGAUUACUUCCUCGUAACGCUAUUCCUGGCCUGGCCGAUCACGUUCGUGUGCGGGCCCGUCUACUGGCGCAGUACGGUGGGCUUUCGGGAUCGGGAGAUUAUCGUCCGCCGCAGUGCUCGCAGCUGGAGCCAGGCGCUGAAACGCAAUACCUGGAUGCGGGACGACGAAGCGAACCGCGAUAAGAUCGUUGCGGCCGUUACGCCGGAGCGGAUCAGCAAGACGGGGUACUUGCUUGUCGACGCGGACUGGAAUCUGGAUUACAGUGCCAUGAUCCGCGCGCAUAAGCUGGUUGACCGGACACGCAGGGGCGAGGGCGUGCAGCUGGAUGAGUUCCGCACGGCUGUUCUGGUGCAUACUGAUGCGGACGGGUGGCUGAUUUGGCGUGUGGGUGAUGAGAAUACACCUACGGGUCGGGUGCGGUCUGCGCAGCGGGACCAGAUUCUGGCGUUCAAGGAUAAGUUGUCGGCUAUGGGGAAGGAGGACCUGUUCUUCCGUUGGGUCGAGUUGAUUCAGUGGGAGAGCUCCCGGCCAGGCGGGUUUACGCCGGAGAGGCAGCGGUCCGCUAUGCUUCAGGCCAAGCAGAUGUUCGAGGAAGAGGAUGUAGAUUUCAGUCGCUUCUGGGACGACUUGGGUGGGAUGGAAGGGAUUGAGUUGCUUGACUGA